CCUUCUGAGGAGCGUCGUUCUCGUGGUGCCGGAGUCGCCCACGUUCUCUGAGGGAGCACAGUCAGAGUCAGUGAGGUGACUCACAACUGGGUGGAGAGGUGGAGGAGGCAGGGCCCCAUGGCCCCAGGGGACAAGGGUGUGGAGACCAGCAGGGCCCGGGCUGACCUCUGACGAAAUGUCCCCAGCGUCGCCUGAGGCCAGGGUCUCGGCGAAGCCACUGAGGGUGGUCCGGGAGCACCCUCAGUGGCCUGAGGGUCCUCAGGGACUCUGAGGCUCACUGCUGGGCUCUGUGUGUGGGUGGAGGGGGGUAAGGGGAGCGGCUGGGGGCGGCGAGGCCCAACCCGGAUCUGUCCCUCCUGCGCGGCUACCAUCAUAACUGGACACUCGGGUCCCGCGGGGUCCCUCUGGCGUGCGCGACGGCGAGUGGGCAGGGCCCGCACCUGAGUGUCCGGAACAGGGUCAGGAGUCCUCUCUAGCGUCUGAAGACAGCCAGCCAUGGCGCCCCCGGGAAGGAAGCGCAUCGGGAGGGCUGCCAAGGCCCCGGUGGAGGCUCAGGUUAUGGCAGCCUAUGACGUUCCGCGUGGAGCAAACAAUCCAGGAAUUGGUGACGGUGGAGAAAACAGCCCCUUUUCAGGCACACCUGAGCAAGAUGUGCGGAAUGAGUUACAGAAUAUGCUGGAGAGAUUCGAAGGGGACAUGAAAAAAGUUCUUCAUGCAAAGAGAAAAAGUUUCAAAAUGAAUACCAAUGCUUCUGUCAACACCAUGCAGCAGACAAUUGAGCAUGUUUGGAAAACCCAUCAAGAGCAAAGGUAA